UGUCUCUCUCUCUCUCUCUCUACAUAUUUCCUCCUCGGAGCCGCUUUCUGAUCAGCGAAGAGAAGCUGCAAGCGGAAAAAUCGGAAUUUCCUUUUUCCGCCACCCGCUUCCUUUUUCUCUGUGUUCCUCUUUGGAGCAUCCUCGGAUGGGUGUUUGAGUUUUUGGCGGCGAUGGGCAAUUGCUUGGUCUCGCCGUUGCGAGUGGAGAACGCUCACAUCGCUCAGCACGCUUCUUAUCCCUCAAAAGGCACCAGCAAAACAAAUUUAUCUUCUGUUCCUUCAACUCUGCCAACAUCUUCAACUCCUUCAACUUUGACUGUUUCUUCUUAUUCUGAGAGGACUGCUAGUGAGAGUCUUCCUACACCACGAACUGAAGGUGAGAUUUUGUCCUCCUCAAAUUUGAAGGCCUUCCCAUUCAAUGAUCUGAAAAAUGCCACUAGAAACUUCCGUCCGGAUAGUCUUCUUGGGGAAGGAGGAUUUGGUUAUGUCUAUAAAGGUUGGAUUGACGAACAAAAUUUAACUGCUUCGAGGCCUGGUGCUGGCAUGAUUGUUGCUGUCAAGAAGCUUAAACAGGAAGGUUUCCAGGGCCACAAGGAGUGGCUGACAGAGGUCAACUAUCUUGGUCAGCUUCACCAUCCAAAUUUAGUUAAGCUCAUUGGUUACUGUUCAGAGGGUGACAACCGCCUUCUGGUUUAUGAAUUUAUGUCAAGAGGCAGUUUGGAGAAUCAUCUUUUUAGGAGAGGUGCACAACCACUGCCUUGGGCAACAAGGAUCAAAGUUGCAAUUGGAGCUGCUAGGGGACUCUCUUUUUUGCAUGAUGCUGAAUCCCAAGUCAUAUAUCGAGAUGUUAAGGCCUCAAACAUCCUCCUUGACUCGGAAUUCAAUGCCAAGCUUUCAGACUUUGGGUUGGCAAAAGCUGGACCAACUGGGGACAGAACUCAUGUCUCCACGCAGGUCAUGGGCACUCAUGGAUAUGCAGCUCCUGAAUACGUUGCAACAGGUCGGCUCUCUGCAAAGGCUGAUGUAUACAGUUUCGGGGUUGUGUUGUUGGAGUUGUUGUCCGGACGUCGGGCUCUUGACAAAACAAAAGUAGGCAUAGAACAGAACCUAGCAGACUGGGCGAAGCCCUAUUUGGGUGAUAAGCGUAAAAUUUACCGGAUCAUGGACUCAAGACUAGAGGGCCAAUAUCCUAAGAAGGGAGCCCAGGGAGUUGCCACCCUUGCUUUGCUAUGCAUUUGCAGGGAGGCCAAACUCCGGCCACGUAUGUCUGAGGUAUUGGCUACACUGGAGCAACUGCAUGACCCUAAAUAUGCAGCAGCGGUGCAACCACAAACACAUCAAUUGAAGGACUCUAGGACCAUUCCAAGGUCACCUAUAAGGCAUCACAAUUCACCACGACGCCUGACAACUGGUGGGUCCCCAUUGCCAUCUAAUCAGCGGUCGCCACUUGUACAUUGAACAGGAGAGGCACACCCAAGUGGUAUUUUCAUUGUGUAUUGGAUACUAUUUAUUUUUUAUGUUUGCUUCAUGUCUGGUGAUUCACAUCCUGCAGCUUAUAUUUCUGAGAGAGCCGAGUUCUUGGGAGAAUGCAUUACAUGUUUGAAACACCAUGUCGAUUGCAUUCAUGGAAGGGCAUGAAUUUUUCAGUGCAUUGACAUAUUUAUGGAGCUCUCUUUGAUAAUAGAAAUAUAUUUUCUGACCUGCAGUGGUUGUGUUUCUAGAUUCAUAUAUCAGAGAAAGCUCAAGUUUAUUACUUCUCAUUCGUUUCUCUGUUACGCAAGUUUACCUUUGUCUUCUUCAAAGAUGGUUCUUGUUGGUGCGCAUUGCUUGAUUUAGAGAUGAGCUUUUAGACCCUGGUAGAAGUUUGAAGCUAUUAUUUUAUACAGUGAUAUCUCAAGGUAUUUUCAUGACGCAUGCUCAAAGAAGAAUUUGUGACUUGCGACACUGGAUGGGAGGCCAUACAUUUGCUCUCACGAGUGAGGUUCAACUGGUUCAUGAUGUUAGGUCUGCAAGCAAAGUGUUUUCGGAUGCUGUAGCAAUCUGUACGCGUCCUCAGCAUGCUUCAAGAUAUACAGGAUGAAUUAGCUUGAUUGACAGAGGAAACGGUAUCAAAUUAUAUUGUGGGAGCUGACAGUAUAUCCUUGUAUCGACUAGUUGAGAUGAAAAUUGAGGUCUGAGAAUCCUGGGUUGUGGAUAUAUUUCAACAAUAAUCUUCAUGACAUGGUUAUUUAGGCAACGAAUUUAAAUAUCCUUUGUCGUUC